AUGUCUGGGGUUGUCCCUAGGUCAAAUACUGCUAUAAUACAAAUAAAAGAUCAAUUAGUUGCUAUUGAAAUGGGAAAUUUUCACGGUAAAAAAAAAGUGAAAGAAGUUCUCGAUGGCAAAAACGAUAAAUUCCAUACACCAGAAAAAUUUAACGGUCGAACUUCUCGCUUUCUUCAAAACGAUCCUCGUUCUCCAUCAACAACUUUUGUUCGGACACCUAUUGAAGUUCAGAGGUUACAUUUAGUUGUUUUUUUUAUUCUUGCAUUUUAUUUUACUUGGGGAAACAAUCUUAUUUAUCUUGUUUAG